UUGUUGUCAUGUCAGUUGCUUUGACGUGUAUGAACAGCUGUCAACUAUAGAUCUUGUUUUCCAUUUCCCGAUAAUGAGAAGGAAAAAGUAACCAGUGUUGUGUGAAAAUCUUACUAAAACAUACAUUUGUUUAUAUGUUAACGUGAGAGACAAUUAUAAUAUACCAAAAUGGUUCUGAUGACUAUGAUCGCGAGGGUCGUAGACGGCCUCCCCCUGGCCGCUACUAUGCAAGAGGAUGAGCAGAGCGGCUGCAAUGUUCUGGAGUACCAAAAUCAGGCUAAAAUGCUGUUUAGAAAACUAGGCCCACAGUCGCCGACGCGUUGCUCCAUCGAAACUGGGCCCUAUCUCUUCCAUUAUCUAAUUGAGCAUGAGAUCUGCUACCUAGUGCUGUGUGAGCGCAACUACAGCAAGAGACUGGCAUUCAGUUACCUCGAGGAGAUCGCCCAGGAGUUCUACCAGCAAUACGGCAAGCGGGUGAACACAGUAACCCGGCCAUACACGUUCAUAGAGUUCGACACGUGGAUGCAGCGCGCGCGGCGGCAGUACGCGGAGGGCGGCGCCCGCGCACGCCGCGCCGGCGCCGCCGCGCAGCUCGGCGGACAGCUGGGCGACGUGCAGCGCAUCAUGAUGCAGAACAUCGACGAUGUGCUGCAGAGGGGGGCUAUACUCUCCGAACUGGACACAAAAACCCAGAACCUAUCAAUGAUGUCUUCGAAGUACAAGAAGGAUGCGACCUACCUGAACACCAAGUCUAUGCUGGUGAAAGUAACGGCGGGCGCUGUCAUACUGCUGGUGUUUGUACUCUACUUCUGGGUCCUUUAGGCCCGCUCAUAUUUUAGGAUCCUUCAUCUGUGGUAUAGCAUAUACUAGAGCUGGGGACUCUGCCGUAACAUUCAAUGCUAGGUCAUUGAAACUUCCACUGAUGAUUCCUCUACAAUAAGUUUAUAACUAGUGACUUAGCGAGAUGACAUUCCCUUCACACAAAUGAAUUUAUAAAAAUGUUCUAAAUUACUAGAGAUAUGAACCUUAAGUUUUACAAGUAAUGAAGGAAUCGAGUUCUCAUCACACCUAACUAUUUUCCAUAUUAUAAAAGCAUUGUAUGAUGCUGCAGAGUGACAGUUACCCCAGCAGUGUGACAGCUAAGCUGUUAUAGUUGAAUUGCCUUUUGAAACUAUAAUAGUACAGUUAUGGGAUAUUUAUGUAAAAGCAAGAUUUCAUAUUUUCUAUGUGAUUCCUCUGGACAGUUUUGUAUUUAGACAUAGCAAUGAAGUAUAAUAGAAGUAAGGAGCUAUAUAGCUGAUUUAUAAUUUGUUUAUUACCCUGCAUCAAUACUUAGUUCUCAUUUAUUGUAUCUACUACUGAGUAUGAUCAAUCUGAGUAUAUAACUGGCUUCCUAAAACAUUGAAAAUUUUAUUAUUUAGCAUGAAAAGCAUUCCAAGCAGUUGUUUUUUUAUAAAACUUACCAAAAAUUAUGCUAUUUGAUAAUAAAUCUGAUUCACAGUGUAUAGCAAUGUGUUUGGUAUGACAAUAUAGGAUAUUCAGCUUAAAAGUGUAAGUAAACUCCAGCAGAAGCAAAAUUAUAUAAUUAAAUGCCCGUCAUUAUUAUUUUAUGUAAAAAGCGCAGCGAGUGCUUGGUGAUGGAAUGUUGUAAAUUUUAUCACAUAUUGUUAAUUAAUGUAUUUAUUUAAGAUUUAAUAAAUAUGCAUUCUUUUAA